GUUUGGGUACUUUUUACUUAGUUAAACUUUUUAAAUACAUUAGUAUUGGGUAAUUUUGUUUUAAAUAAAUCCACUCCUUAUAGGCAAUGAAUACUACUAGAAAAAGAUUUUUCAUACUAACAGGCGACCCAGGUGUAGGAAAGACUACAUUAACGAAGAAACUUGCAUCCAGCAUCAUUGAGAAGGGUGUGAAAGCUUCAGGAUUCUACACUGAAGAGGUUAGAAGGAACGGAGUGCGGGAUGGCUUCGAUGUGGUCUCCUUGGACGGACAGAGAGGCCGACUGGCACGAGACCAGAGCAUCCUGGGAUGCCCUGUUAAAUAUAAAGUUGGAAAGUAUGGAGUUUUAGUGGAGGAGUUUGAGAAAAUUGGUCUAGCGUCUUUAAAUCAGGCUGCCAACCAAAAUUCACUUCUUGUGAUAGAUGAGAUAGGAAAGAUGGAAUUUUUCAGUGAACCAUUCAAGAAGACAAUAAGAGAAGUGUUUAGUGGCACAUCAAACCAUGUGAUUCUAGCUUCUAUACCAGUUCGCAGAAGUGACAACUUAAUUGAGGGAAUCAGGAAUCAUAGCUUAGCCAAAGUUUGGUUGGUCACAAGAGAAAAUAGAAACCAACUGCACGAUGAAAUAAUGAAAGAAAUAACUUCCCUUUUAGCAUUAUAAGUUAAAUUAAUUUAUAACUAUUUAUCUCUACACCAAAUAAGCAGCGCCAAUAAAUACAAAUA